ACCGAAAUUGUACUCAAUUCCUUUCCCUUUAAAUUUUUUUAUAGUAGGAAUAUGAAACGAAUAGUUACACUAGCAACACUAUCCGAUAAUUUUUUUGUACUUUUUCAUCAAACAUUACGCUUUUGAGGAUAAAUACUUUCAUACCUUUUUAAACAUGCUCGGAUAUUCGCGUGUUCAUGAGUUGCAUAUCGUAUCGUUAACAAUCGAUAUCGGAGUAAUAUGGAAGUGCAUCGCAUACGCAUAGGUUUUAAAUUAUUUAAAAUGCUGGUGGUCGUUUUUUUUUUCAAUUGCAACUCGAUCGACGCAAAAAAUUUUAUCGGCUUAUUUUUUUUUCUCUUCGUUUUAACGGAGAAUCGAAUAGGUAUAUGAGACUGUGGCGAAACAUGACGUCAUAAUUUUGAAUAUUAUUUUAUCAGCAAUGUCAUAAAUAUUAACUUAUUCUUAUACCGACGGUAAUAAAUAAUUCAUGCCUAAAUGGCAUAGCAAAACAAUAAAACCAACGAGAGAGAGGUCAUCUCAACGAACAGUUUUCAUUUGCUUUAAAAAAUUUUCUGCUGAAAAAAUAUUAGUACUUUUGUUGUUGCGGAGACAUGGAAAUUUUCGAUGAAAGGCAGGGUUUACUGCUGUGACGAAAAAUUGACGCAUUAAAAAAUUCGAUAUUUUCAAAGACAAUUUGUCGUCGACUUUUUUGGCUAAAGACAAUGAAUUGGAAAUUUGCAGUUUCGUCGUUUCAAAAUCGAUAGAACUUAUGGCAUGUAUACUGCUCGAUAGAUGAAGUCCGUGUAUAUAUAAGGAUUGUGGAGAAAAAUCAUAAUGAAAAAAUCCAUAUUACGCGCCAGUUUGCUGCAAAGAAAUGGUCGGGAUUAAAAUCUUAAAUUGUGAAAUCGAUUCGGCGGCGUAAUAUUUUCCAAAAAGGAUAGAGAGAAAUCGAAGGAGAGAAAAAAAAUGGGGAUUUUUUUUCAGGUUAAAAGCUUAUCGCGUGAAAGUUAAAGCGUAAAAUUUUUCGCUGAAAAGUACGAAGUGUACGGCGGCAAAAGCGAGGCGUAACUUUUUAAUUUUUUCUCUCUUUUUAUUUUUAGGUAGAAUGACAAGCAGAGCGUACAGCCGUACUACUACCGUGAUACCAUCCCGCAUUCCCUUUGCUGUAAUUAUAUCACAUAGACGGCCGGGCGAAGCGAGGGGUUAGAAACGGUAGCCUUUCUUUCGUAUUUCCACCCUAUCAGCAUCGCGAUUAAAGCGUCGUCGUGUGCGAAAGUACAAGUGCGUGUAUGUGUUAGUGUAUUCGUGUCGUUAGAGAGGUGUUAAAACGUAUACGGCACGCGACUACCACACGACACCGUGACUCGGCUCAAUACCAAGCAUGGUAAAAUCGACGCCGGAAGGGUAAAGAGGUAUAAGACGAGCGACCCGACGCCUGAUUGUUCCCACGCUGUGCCACGCGCCGUGCUUAAUGUAGCUACUGGCCUCUUACCCUCUCACCCCCUCAUUUCUAAAUACGACACCUGCUGCUCCACCGCUGACCGCCGACAUUUCGUACCCACUCGAAUGCGGCCAGCUAAGGACGUUUGGUGGCUCUAAAAGUUUUACUCACACCGUAGCACGCCGACAACAGAAGUGCGAUCGGAAACGCGUAUCGUGUCCGUCGUUUAAUACUAAUAACCAUUGUCCGCGUUUUUCAAAAAUCCGCCUCCGAAUCGUGUCACCAAAUGGAUACCAAACAAGAUUUCUCGCUUAAACGUAGUGGUGCUUCUGAUACUUUCGACAGCGAAGACGACGACUCUUCUAGUACCUGCAAAAAAAGCAAGCUAAGCAAAAUUAUUAACGAAGAUAAAAAUCAAAAAUUCUCGUCCAUCGUCGAUGCACGUAAAGAGGGAUUAUCUCCGACACCUAAAAAGGCUAAUAAACCAUUGAUGGAAAAAAGACGACGAGCUCGAAUCAAUCAGUCACUAGCUUUAUUGAAAACAUUAAUUCUGGAUUCGACAAAAAACGACAACACAAGACAUUCAAAAUUAGAAAAGGCAGAUAUUCUUGAAUUAACAGUACGAUACUUGCAAAGACAAAAAAUACUCAAUUCCGAGGAACUGGAUAAAUACAAAGCAGGCUUUCAAGAAUGUACCAGAGAAGUAACUCGAUUUCUCGAUACACCAGAGCUUCAUCUAUGCAACAAUGAUUCUUCCAAGUCAUCAAAACAUCACAGCAGUAGUUCGUCAAAACAACCAAAUUCGAUAUUUAUAGAGCCCGCGGUAAAACAACGAUUACUGAGGCAUUUGAACAGCUGCAGUUCGGAGAUAGAUCUUGACUUUAGUAAAUCCAGUACCUUACAAAAAAAUCAAUCGGGUGCAACGGAAUUAUCAACAGAGGUAUGCCCAACACCUCCUUAUACUGCUGAUGAAAUUACACCGCCUCAAGUACCUAAAAAAGAACCUUUAAAUACUCGAAACGGAGAAACGAAUUUUCCCACCAUAACAGCAGAAGUACCUGAAUUCAAAGGCAAUGAAAUACCACCGAAAAAUUCAUCGCUCGAGAAUAACGACGAUUCUACAUUAUCCGUCGUCCAGGUUAUUCCGUCAAGAUUAUCAGACGGCCAAGUUGUAUUUUUGCUGCCAAGUCAUUAUAUGCAAUUAGCUGAAGAAUUUCAUAAGAAGACCGCUUUUCAUAGAAUAAUGGAUAAACAUGGCAAUGGAACCGAUGCUAAUGAACCUAUCGAUUUCAGCAUCAAAAGGGAAGACUACAUGUGGCGACCGUGGUAAAAAAAACCAUCGCGUAUUCGCAAGUCGAAAUUAUUCCCAAGUUUUUAUUUUCGUGUGCAAUACAAUCGGCACAUUAAAAAUUUCACAGUAUGUUCCUGAAAAGCUUUAGUUUUACAUACCGCGCAUUACUUGAUGAAUUUUUAUAAAAUGUUAAACUUUACUUGAAACCAUUUCAAAAAUUUUAUAUUUGUUAGAACUUCAAAAUGUUUUAUUACUUUUUUACCUAGUUGUUUUGCUCUCUCAUUUUAGUUUGUUAGCUUUUUAUAUUAUUAAUUAAAUUUUCAGCGUUCAAAUCACUGUU